AUUAGAUUUGUUGUAAACUCUAGUAGGCUUCUAUAAACGAAUAGUGAAGACCACCAAGAGCUGUGGAAUUUUAGAAUUUUUCUAACUCCCAGCGAGGUGAGCACUAUUCACAAUUUUCGUUAAAGACCAUCGAGAAAGUGUGUGAGAGUACGAAAUAAAAGGAUUUUGUGGCUUCAGUUUUUUUUUUUUUAGUAAUACCUGUUUAUUAUUAGAAAGGCGCAAGCGCUACGUCGAUUUAACUUGCGUCAGGGGGGUGCGGUUGUUACCAUGGAUCCCAGUGUACUCGCCAACAUGGAUAAAGACGCACUGAAGAAGCAGAUCGAGAACAUGAAGUAUCAAGCUACUAUGGAACGGUGGCCCUUGUCAAAAAGCAUUGCAGCAAUGCGGGAGUAUGUUGAAGACCACGAGAAAAAUGAUCCACUGAUCCACGCGCCUGACAAGAAAAGUAAUCCUUGGGCAGAGAAGGGCAAAUGUAUAAUCAUGUAAACGAAGGAGUGACAAGAAAAAGGCCAGUAACAACAGGCAAAUAAAUCUUAAAAACCAUUGCAAGCUGCAACACUUAAAAAUCAUUAACAAUCGGCGAACAUAUGAAUGGAAAAAAAUGUGAACGACUGAGUGAGAGGUUAAAUAAAAAAAAUUACAUUGGCUGUUAAGAAGUAUGAUGAACAUUCUAAUGUUCCAAUAAUGUUACUCAUCAUUUUAAGAAAAAUAAAAAAUAUUAACAAGUGGGCCAAUUAUUCAAGGCUUCGAUCUAAUGAUAUUUUUUAUUAUAAUUUAACAAUGAAGAACGAUUAAACAAAUAGGUAUUAAUGUUUAUUAUUAAAAAAAAAAAUUAACAUCUAAAGUGAGAAAUCCAUUCAAUGGCCAAUUAAUUGUAUUUUAAUGUGAGAUUAUUUCGUCGACUUCACCAAUCAUGUUUAUUCAUUCCUGAAGUCCUCGAAAAUGACCAUAAACUCAGCGAUCAAUCUCAAAUAUCUCCUGUGUAUGAAAUGCAUUGAAAAAUGUUUUAUUGACAUAUUAAUAUUAUAAACUGAAAUUGUGUCAAUCACAUUGUAUUACGAAUUAUUAUACAUACAAUUUAUCCACGAAUUUUUAAUCAUUUUAUCAUCAUCUCGAUGCGAUAUUAAAUUAUUUAUUUAAAAUUAAAUAAAAAUACUUAUACACAUUAUGAUGAUGAAUAUUUCAAUAUCUUCAUUGUAUUAUUAUUAUUACUAAUAUGUAUCGUAGGAACGGAGUUGGUAAUAUUAUAUUUGAGCUAUUUCUUAUGAAAAUAUACAUGUCAAAUGGUCUACAUUUCAAAUAACACAAGAUUCUAAAUCUUUAAAUCCUUUAAAUUAGUGCUAUUUAUCUUUUUUGUUAGCUAGUCAAGCAAUAUAAUUGCAUAUAGAUAACAUAUCACUGGAAAAUUAUAAGUCAAAAGUUUCUAGAUGAGUUUUAAAAUUUUCAUCAUUUUCAAACAAAUAUGAUUCUGUAAAAAAGUUUGUGCUUUGGAGUUUA